AUGUCACAGAAUUCUGAAACACAAGUACCCAAGAUUAAUGUCUCUUUGGAGGAAAAUUCCAAGGGACAUGAACAAGAUGAGCAAAUAAAACCUCGUCAGACUAGGUUCAAAAUUCCUACGAUACAGAACUCUAGGGAUGAUAUGUAUCGUCAGCAGCAACAACGACAAAAGGAUAAACAGCCAGUGAUAAUACAACAACAACCAGGUUGUUCUACCCUUGGUAGGCCCAAAGGUGGAGGUCUUGCUAGAAUGGGAGGUGGUGAAAGACAAAAAGUUAGAUUGGCUCCAGGCCAUAGUGCAUUGGAUUGGAGUGAACUGAAUAAGAAAGUGUUACAGGACAAAUCUCGAAGUAAUGAGUUACUAUACGGUCUCCGUACCCUUUUUGAAGAUAAAGAUCAACUAGCUAUAUUGGAACGAAUUAAUUCCGAAAAUAUGGAUACUGUGCUAAAAUUAUAUAGAUUCAAUAUUCCAUGCCAUUUGUUACAUCCGCCAUUACGUAUAAAUGAACAAUUAUUGCGACUUCAUCAGAAGAAUGAACGUGAAUUUUGGACUGUGAUUCAUGGGAAUGUUUACUGUGUAGGGUCAUAUAUGGAAUUUCAUCCUGGUGGUUCGGAGAUAUUGGUUCAUUAUGGUGAAAAGUUUGUUGAUGUAGGGUUUUGGUUUAAUAAGUUCCAUCGAUGGGUGAAUUACGAAAAGUUGCUACAGAAUUGUUAUAUUGGUAAAUUUGUUAAGGAUAAAUAA